AUGGCUCUGGAACUGGCAAAACCUGUCGCUGAGCGGUUUCUCCACUUUAUAAACAAGACAGGUUCACCCUACCACUCAGUGCAGGCUGUGAAGGAAAUUCUUAAAAAUGCAGACUUCGUGGAGCUGAACGAGCGGACCAAAUGGGAGAUUUCCUGCGGAGGCAAAUAUUUUGUUACAAGGAACGAUUCAUGCAUAGCGGCGUUUGUUGUUGGAGAAAGCUUUGGACGCGGUAACACCGGUGGCUUCUGCGUAACAGCAACACACACCGACUCUCCUUGUUUGCGUCUGAGACCUAACGCGUUUGCAGAGAAGGAAGGGUAUCACAUGAACGAGCUUAGCCGUGUCUCACCUGUGUCGGCAAUCGUGAGACGCAGAGGAGAGCUGUGCCUAUGCAACGAAACGCAGGGGAGUGUGGAGUGCUACGGCGGGGGCCUUUGGCACACGUGGUUCGAUAGGGGACUUGGCAUGGCUGGGAAGGUUGCUCUUCGCGUUGGGGAUAAAGUGGAGGAGAGGCUGUUGCGCAUCUCAAAGCCUCUGUUUUACGUGCCGAACCUCGCUAUACACUUGAAAACAGCCGAGGAAAUUGGGGCCUUCAAAAUCAACAAAGAGCAACACCUACAACCAAUAUUGUGUUCCGCCAUAGCCGAGCAGCUGAGCCAGGGCAACGAGGACGAAAAGCAAGAGACUAAGGAUGCGGCCCAACGCUUGCCACCGGCGCUAGAACGUCUAGUCAGGCAAACUAUUGAGCUUCCUGGCGCAAAACUGCUGGAUUGGGAUUUCUGUCUUAUGGACGCCACGCCUAGCCGCCUGUCGGGCAUUCACUCAGAGUUCAUCGAAAGCCCCCGGCUAGACAACUUGGCAUCGACAUUCGCCGCCUUUGAGGCGCUGGUGGAGGCGAAGCAAAGCAAGAGCGACAUUUUGAUGGCUGUGGCGUUUGAUCACGAAGAAGUCGGCUCGGAAUCGCUUUCAGGCGCCAACUCUAACAUCCUCGAGACGUGGAUGCGGAGGUCACUAAGGGCCCUUGAAUGCGAAGAUGACUUCUACGAAAUCCUCGCGAAAUCCUUCAUCGUCAGCUCUGACAUGGCCCAUGCCGUACAUCCAAACUACAGCGACAAGCAUCAGUCACUGCACAAGCCUGCAAUGCACAAGGCAAGUUUCGGGUGA